AUGACUUCAUCCAGAGAAGAGGAUGAAAAACAGCCGAAAGGUGCUUCAUAUGCGACUGAAAUUUCAGCAACUGAGGAUUAUGAAAAUGUAUAUUUUGAUAAUGAUCCCAUACCUCAGUCAGUGAAAGAAACAAAUAAAGAGGUUGAUUUGCAAUCAGAUAGGGUAGAUGAUAAUAGUGACUGA